AUGAUGGGCCCCAGGGAUAUGAAUCCAGAAUUACCAGGGCGGCCUUCGUUGCAGCAUCAAACUUCCGCCACGCUCUUGAUUCGCCACUACGAGGGAUUGAAUCCAACUCGCCAUGCGGAGACCUUCAAAGAUCGGAGCAAGAAUCCCAUCCGGCAGUCCUUCCGCAAUCUAUUAUCUGUUUUUAAGAAGAGCAAGGGCGCUGGGUCAAGCAAACUCAAGAUUGAACCUCUGCAAGUCGAAUCACAAGUUAUCAUGGCCAAGCCUCCCGCGCUCGCUCCCCUGGCUAUCGACAAGCCACUCAGUCUCGAUUCUUUCACCGCAUCAACGAAGCCUUUCCCUGACCCAAAGCUUGCUGGUUCCCUCUUUUAUCUGAGCCAGUCGCCUGCACAGUCAUGGAUCUUUUGUUCGGCAGUUCUCGAUGGCGACACGGUUCAUCUAACAUGGCCCACUGCACCUUCAAAGCACUCGGUCGCGCUCAAGAACUGUGCAGAUGUUCGUUCUGUUGCCCCGGAAGACCUCGCCGAUCACGAAAAAGCGUUGCUCGCUCCUGACGUGAGAGAUUUGAAAAUCUUCGAAUUGGAGUUCGAUGGAUGUCGCGAGAAGUUUGGGACGACCUCAGUCAGGGAGCGCGCGAUGUGGGUCAGCGCAAUCUGGGACGCAGUCGUCCAGUCUAAUGCUGAGCGUUCUUCAAGGAUUGCUCUCGCUGCUAGCUUCAAUGGAGAGCCUUCUGCCAGCGAAUGUUCCGACCGUGCUUUACCCCCUCUGCCGCCAUCUCCCAUCGAACAUGGCCUUCCUUCGCCGCCAAUCGUGUCUCCAAGCGUCUAUUCGACCUGUUCUCCCACUCUUUGGCGACCUGAAAGCCCUUCUGUCUCGAAAUUUUCGAAUGUUUCCGCAAUCACACCUCGUCUGGCCCAGAUUGAGGAAGACCGCCGUGAGCUUGACUCUGACUCCUGUUCUCCGACCCGUCCAUCUCUAUUGCACACAAGCUCGCUCCGCCUGCAGAUCCCUUCGGCCAUUCCCAGUGCACUUGUCUCUCCGACAAACAUACUGUACUCGUAUGCAGACCCGGAUUCGCCCUCUGGACAAAGCUCGGCUCUCCCGUCCAGUGCACCUACAACGCCAGCGAAUGAUGUCGAUUCGAUGGUUCUCGAGAUGCGUUCCAUCCUUACGAGUCUGAUUGAGCAGACCAAGGAGACCAGGACCGCUAUUAGGAGUCUUGAAAGCAAGUGCUCUCGGCUCGUGGAGCUCAAGCCUGUGGCUGUUGACUUGGGACCGGUCAGAAAUGCACUGGGCGAUAUCCGGGAACGGCUUCGCUCUGAUCUACCUCACAUCAUGAACUCAGUCGCUGAUGUGCAAGGCCAGGCGACAGAGAUGGCCUCGAAAUCGCAUUUGGACUCUCACGCCAAUGGAAUUAUGGAGAAGUUGGAGCAAGUCCUCCACUUGCUCAAGGAAGAAUCUUCUCAGCGCUCUGUUCUGACACAGCAACAGGGGGACAGCGUGAGAUAUCUCAACGAACUCAAUUCUUGGCUGGAAGCCUUCGUGAGCGGAGGGACAUCACAGAUACAAGUUAUCGCAACUGGAGUCGAGAAACUCGGUCAGCAGAUAACUGGAACCAAUCUCAAUGGCGAUCUCGGCGAAGAAAUCCGACAAGGACUGCUCGUUAGCAGGCAACAAGCCAGCGCGCUCGAGUUGACCGUGAAAAAUCUCGCUGCGGCUUUUGCCUCUGAUACUCAGAACACAAACCAGGCCUUGAUGGCCAUCAUCGACCAACAUCGACAGGCCCAAGAGGGAUCGCUGCGAUCUCUGGCCGCUGAGUUGUCGAGUGAAAUUCGCGGGGAGCGCAUUCGGUUUGUCGAUGCCAUGAAAGAGGCCACUGCCAUCAAUGUUCAAAUGCAUGUGGAACAACUCAAGACUGAGCUGACUCGGGAAGUUCGCGCUGAUCUCUUCCAGUAUUACUCCAAGCAGCAGCGCCCUCCUCACUAUCAGCCGACGACGCGUCCUGGACAGCGGCCUCUGCCCACCGGCCAUUAUCCAUCGUACCCUGCGUGACCCAUUACAAUUUAUUUUAGGCUAGAUAAAAAAUUCUAUUCCAUUCCAGGGCACUCUUUGCUCCCGGUGUAGUCUGC